AUGAGUAAAGCAAGGUUUUCUAGAGUAAAUGACGAGAGUGUGAGUGGUUUAGAAUCAGCUUUAUUUCGCAAGUGGAAUAGAUUGACAAAGAAGGAAGUGUGGGCUCAACUCCAAUUUAGCGACGACCCAGUUAAAUCAUUGACGAGCAGUAAAAUGAAGAUCGCUGAUAAAUACUUUACCGAAAAGGAUUUUUAUUGCAGGUUUACUGCGAAUGAUUUGUUUGAAAAUGAUUUCGGACAAGAAGUAGUGACAGUGGCGUUUGCAAUUGCGAAGCUUGAGCCCGCCACGAAAGAAUUUGUGACCAUGAUGCAGUACAAACAUAUUAAAUAUUGGCUGAAUAAAACGCUGACUGCGGGAAUAAUUUUUGGUAAUUUGAAAUUUAACAUGGAUGCCAUCGAUAUUUUUUUCGAUUUAAAAAUUGGAACUUUGAGCUAUUUCAUUAGUUUGAUGAACCCUACGCAACCCUAUAUAAGGUCAGGGAAUGUGUGGGAUCUCGCACGUCUGGCCAUGAAAGCAAUGAAUCGAGACGACCCGGCACAGUUGUUAAAGUACGACACUUCACUCUUAGAAGUGCUUUUUGCAAAAUGGAGGUCUGAAUAUAUUAAGCCGACUAAUCUUUACGAACAAAUUCACGGUGGCGAAAUCACUGAUGAUGACGAUGAAACCGAUAAAUCAAUAGUUCGCGAAUACGCGGACUUCUGCGAACCUGAGCAUGAAAUCUCCAUCCCGUCCUUUACUGUUCCCAGGCGCUCUUAG